ACCGUUUCCACUCCCACUGUAGUCCGGCUUUAUUCGCAGUCAGCUAGUAGCAUAGCUAACAGCUAGCGGACCCGCUUACCGCCGCCGUACUUUCAGUAAGAAGCCAGUGUAUAUCGCACCAGAUCUUCGGGGAUUUUAGAAAUUUUUCACAAUGAAGAACAUCAAGAUGCCAUCCUGACGUCCACUCGGGGGUCAACGACGCUCUGUCGGCGACUGACAUGGAUGCAAGUGACAUUAAGGACGAAUGCAAAAAUCCCAAGUUGUUGUGAGCUGUGCGUUUGUGGAUGUGAAACUUUCAGCCGAAGUGGAACCAUUCAUCCCACAGAAAAAAGGUCUCGAAGGAUCCCUGAUCAGUAUGAGUCUUCUCGGAGAGCCAGCAAGUGGAGGAGGAGGUGGUGAAGGCAUACGAGGGAGUAAUGGAGGGGUUGAAACCACUCCUAUACCGAGCUACCUCAUCACCUGUUACCCUUUUGUGCAGGAGAACCAACACAACAGGCAACAUCUAAUGUACAAUGGAGGGGAGCCGCGCUGGCAGCAGCCUAACCCAAGCCCUGGUGGUCCCUACCUUGCCUACCCAAUCAUGUCCUCCCCUCAGCCACAUGUGUCCAAUGACUAUGCCUACUACCAGAUUAUGCCUGCCCCGUGUCCCCCAAUGAUGGGAUUCUACCAAACAUUCCCUGGCACCUAUGCAGGGCCACUGCAACCUGGGGUUGUUAACCAAGUUUCGGCAGAUGUUGGUGAUAGGACUCUCCCUGUUGUGCCAACUUAUGGGAUGACAAAUCAACGAGAAAGAGGCAUGGUCCAACCUAAUCUCCCAAAGCAUCAGGUAAGUGUUUGCCAGCCUCCGAGGGGUCGCCGUCCCCCACCCAGGAAUGUAAUGAUCCAGAAGGAGGUGUGCACAAUUGGACCUGAUGGUAGAAGUAAGAAAGUUCUACUGGUGGAUGCAGCUCAGCAGACAGAUUUCCCAAUUGAGGUGUCCGGGCAGUGUACUGCAGAGCAGGCCAGUCCCCUGCUGUGGAAGAACCGAACAAAGAAGCUGCAGUCAUCUAAUCUGUCUGAAAGCUACUAUGAUCAGAGCACCAGUGAGGCGGAUAUAGACAGCGACAGUGGCUACUGUAGCCCCAAACAUAACCAGGCAGCAGGGGUAACACAGCGAACAAUGGAGACCUCUACAACAUCCACAGUAUGGCAAAAGGGGGUUGAGACUGGUGUAAUGACAACAGGUACAUGGGCAAAUGUAGCUUCUCAGGCUACCCAUAAUUCCUGGGGAGACAGGAAUGGCCAAUUUCACAGAGCAGACCACAGGAAGAAUCAUGAACAGAGGAGCUUCACACAGGAUUUUCAUAGUGGUUGUCCAAAGCAUGUUCAGACAAACCAGUCAGAACAAAGACUGCAGCCAGUGGUGGCCACAAAUGAUGGGCUUAAUCCAAAGCCUCUUUACUUUGAGGAUGAAGAUGAGUUCCCAGAUUUACCCACUUUAAGUGCUACCCAGCGUGGCACCAAAGUAGAACCAACUCCAGCCAUGACGCAAAUGCAGCCUAAACUACAUAAAAACGUGAUAGAACACCUACCACAGAACUCCCCUAUCAGCAUUGUGCAGACACCAAUCCCAAUUACCACAUCUGUUGCCAAGAGAGCCAAAAGCCAUAGGAAAAAGGCCCUGGCUGCUGCCUUGGCCACUGCUCAAGAAUACUCUGAGAUCAGCAUGGAACAGCAGAAAUUAAAGGAGGCGCUCACCAAGACAGCAGGCAAGAAGAGCAAAACUCUUGUCGAGCUGGACUUAGGAGACAUGCUGGCAGCAUUGGCUAAAGAGCAGCAGUCGAUGAAGGCCAGACAACUCACCAAUACCAAGCCAUUGUGUUUUACAGUUGGAACAACUGCUUCAUUCCACAGAUCUGGUUCUACUAACUUUGCAGCCAUGUUGAAGGGUCAUCAACAACCACACUUGGCCUCCUCUAACACUAUGGAUUCUAGUGCUCCUCGUAUAAAACGAGCAAAGGAGCGGGAGAUCCCUAAAGUCAAGCGACCGACUGCCCUAAAGAAGAUUAUUUUAAAGGAGCGAGAAGGCAAAAAAGGCAAAACACACAUAGAUCAAGAGUCAUCCGGCCAAGAAGAGCACGAGAACGAUUGUUUACAUUUUACUGAAGAUCUAUCGCAGGAACCUGCAUCUCAAGAAGAAAACGGUCUCAGUGUUCCCAGUGACACGUCGCUGUCCCCCGCCAGUCAGAAUUCUCCAUACAGCAUCACCCCUGUGUCCCAGGGUUCUCCUUCAAGCUCUGGCAUCGGUAGUCCCAUGGCUUCCAACACAAUUACAAUAAUACACAGUCGACGUUUCCGAGAGUACUGUAGCCAAGUGUUGAGCAAGGAGAUAGAUGAGAGUGCAACAGUGCUGCUACAGGAACUGGUCCGCUUUCAGGAGUGUGUGUACCAGAAUGACCCCAAUGAUGCAAAGUCGGAGCGCCGUCUCGUCAUGGGUCUCAGAGAGGUCACUAAGCACAUGAAGUUGUCUAAGAUAAAGUGCGUCAUUAUCUCUCCCAACUGUGAAAAGGUCCAAGCCAAAGGUGGCUUGGAUGAAGCUCUGUACAAUGUUAUUGCUAUGGCCAGAGAUCAGGGGAUUCCAUUCGUGUUUGCCCUAGGCAGAAAAGCGCUGGGGCGCUGUGUCAACAAACUGGUUUCUGUUACCGUUGUUGGCAUCUUCGACUAUUCCGGAGCUGAGGGUCUGUUUGACCAUCUUGUGUCGCUAACAGAAGAGGCUCGAAAGGCCUACAAGGUAAUGGUAUCAGCUCUUGAACAGGAGAAAGCUGAGGAGAAACAUGUCAAAAAAGUGGGACAUACACGCAACCACUCUGCUGCUUCUGCGGUUUCCUUUUGCUCCUUCAUCUCUGAGCCCAUCUCAGAGGUCAAUGAAAUGGAGUAUGAGACCAACUGGAGAAGUAUGGUGGAAAAUUCAGAUGCCCCGGAGCCAGUUGAGCCUGAAAAAUGUUGCGCUCCGCUCAAAGACAAUGAGACCCCAGAGGUUUCCACAAGUGCUGUCUCGCCCAGCACCAUUGCCGUGUUAGGGAGGGCCGUCCCACAGGGUAACGGGGAGCAGGACGAGGUCCGCACCGAUGACCGCCUGGAGCUUGCCUCUCAGCAGAGCACAGAGACGGGAUCGCUAGAUGGCAGCUGUAGGGGCCCACUAAAUUCCUCCAUCACCUCCACUACCUCUACCUUGGUUCCCGGGAUGUUGGAAGAGGCGGACGAGGAGGACGAGGAGGAAGAGGACUACACACCUGAGCCUAUCUCGGAGGAGGUGCCUACCCUCAGCAGCCGUAUUGAGUCGUGGGUGUCAAAGACCCUGGAGAACCUGCAGCUGAGAAAAAGCCAGGACAGCACAGAGGAGGAUGAAGAAGAGGAGGAUGACGACGAGAGCGUGCAGAGCGAGGAUGAGGAGGGCUUAGUUUCAGCUGAUUUGCCAGAUAUGAAAGUGGAGAGCAAAGACCUGGUGGAGGCUAAGAAGGUCAUAUCCUGAGUUCACUUCUCAUCCUCAUCUUUUGCUUUCCUUUGUUUCCGUCACAUGUUCUCAUCGCAAAAACCAGCUGCUGUUCUCAUGGCAUCGUCAAGGCCUGACCCUAGACCUCACCUCAGGUAUUGUCACAACAGACCAACUCAAACACGGUCAAGGACCAAACAGCAGCAGGUUUAUGUGAAAAAGGAGAUCUUUUCAACCCUCUCCUGUUCAACCCCCAUAGCCUGCAACACUUGAAUUCGGAAGAAACUUUUUUUUUUCGAUUUUCCUCAUCCGAAGUUGAACUCUCUUGAGUCAUUUCUGGGAGAAAGUGUAAAGAACAGUGGCAAACCAGUGAUCAAACGCAGCAGAAGGGAUGUUGCAACUUUUCUGCUCCUGUGUUAAUUUAACACCGAACACUUAAAGCUAUGUAUAUAUGUGUGUGUGUGUGUGUAUAUAUAUAUAUAUAUAUAUAUAUAUAUAUAUAUAUAUAUAUAU